AUGACCUAUCGGGGAAGGCUAUCUAUCUAUCUAUCUAUCUAUCUAUCUAUCUAUCUAUUUCAGCCUGCUCGUUAUCUAUCUAUCGAUUUAUCUAUCUCAGUUUACCCAUUAUCUAUCUAUCUAUCUAUCUAUCUAUCUAUCUAUCUAUCUCCGCCUUUCUAUUUGUCUAUAAGAAAGCUGGUACAAUAUAUAUUUUACUCUUAUCUAUUAUCUAUCUAUCUAUCUAUCUAUCUAUCUAUCUAUCUUAGCUUGUUUAUUAUCUGUCGAUAUCUGCUUUUGAAUCAUUUAUCUAUCUAUCUAUCUAUCUAUCUAUCUAAUUCAUUCUUUUUAUAUUCAUCUAUCCUAUUCUGUUCAUAUCUAUCUAUCUAUCUAUCUGCUCUCUGCUUAUCUAUUUAUUUACCUAUCUCAGCCUACUCAUUAUCUAUCUAUCUAUCUAUUUAUCUAUUUUUCUUACACAUUUGGACUCCCUCUCCCUCUCCAUCUAUCUGUCUGUAUGUCUAUAUAUCCCGGUCUGUCCAUUAUCUAUCUAUCUAUCUAUCUAUCGUAUCACCGUUUGUCUCUAACAAAGCUGGUACAAUAUAUAUUUUUGCUCUUUAUCUAUCUAUCUAUCUAUCUAUCUAUCUAUCUAUCUAUCUAUCUUAG